UCUCUGCCGGGGACCAGGCGGAGCCGCAGGAGCAGCUGCCCGUGAGCAGGAAACGAGCCCGAAGAAAGCCGCAGGCUCGGGGCCCCCCAUUGCCAUGGAGCGGAAGGUAGCCAGGGAGUUCAGGCACAAGGUUGACUUGCUUAUUGACAAUGAAGCGGAGAAGGAUUACCUUUAUGAUGUGCUACGGAUGUACCACCAAUCCAUGAAUCUCCCAGUACUGGUAGGGGACCUAAAGCUUGUGAUUAAUGAACCAAGUAGAUUGCCGCUGUUUGACGCCAUCCGUCCCCUUAUCCCAUUAAAACAUCAGGUGGAAUAUGAUCAGCUGACGCCUAAACGAUCAAGAAAGCUGAAGGAAGUGAGACUGGAUCGUUUGCAUCCUGAAGGGCUUGGAAUAAGUGUGCGAGGAGGACUGGAAUUUACUUGUGGCCUCUUUAUCUCCCAACUAAUUAAAGGUGGACAAGCAGACAGUGUUGGGCUUCAGAUUGGAGAUGAGAUAGUUCGGAUAAACGGAUACUCCAUCUCUUCUUGCACUCAUGAGGAAGUAAUAAAUCUCAUCCGUACAAAGAAAAUAGUGUCCAUAAAAGUAAGACAUAUCGGCAUGAUACCUGUCAAAAGCUCUCCAGAUGAGCCUCUUAAGUGGCAAUUUGUGGAUCAGUUUGUGUCAGAUUCUGGGGAGGGAAAAGGCAGCGUUGCUGGGCUCGCUUCAUCUGGAGGAAGGGACAAUAAAGAGAAGAAAGUCUUCAUUAGUUUGAUUGGUUCAAAGGGCAUGGGAUGCAGCAUUUCCAGUGGUCCAACACAAAAACCAGGCAUUUUUAUCAGCAAUAUUAAACCAGGUUCUCUUUCUGCUGAGGUGGGGCUGGAGAUUGGUGAUCAGAUUGUUGAAGUAAAUGGAGUGGAUUUUUCUAAUGUGGACCACAAAGAGGCUGUGAGAGUGUUAAAAAGCAGUCGAACCCUAACUAUCUCUGUUGUAUCAGGAGCCGGGAGAGAGCUGUUCAUGACUGAGGAUGAGAGGCAGCGAGAAGUGAGUCUUCGUGAACAGGAGCGCCAGGAGUUAAUGCAUCAGAAGCGGCUUGCAUUAGAGACUAACAAACUCCUCAAAGAGCAGCAAGAGAAAGAGAGACAAAGGAAACUGGAGAUUUCUCAAAAGGCUGCAGAAGAAGAAGAAAGAUACCGUAAAGAAAUUGAACAGAUAACAGCAGAAGAAGAGAAAUUUAAAAAGGAAUGGGAAGAAGAUUGGAGGCCUAAAGAGCCACCUAUGCCUGUAAAAACUGUAACUGCAGACGUACAUCUAGCCCCUGCUCCUAAACACAGAAUAGAUUUAAAGGGAGUUGCACAUGACCAACUUGCAGCAGAUGACAUGGAUGGAGUGAUCACGAAGCAGAACAAACAGGGCUUCCAGAAGUAUGUGGAAGAUUUUGACCCCUAUACAAUGUUUUCAGCAGAUCAGAUCAUGGGAAAAGAUGUGCGGCUGUUACGUAUUAAAAAGGAAGGACCAUUAGAUCUUGCAGUAGAGGGAGGCAUUGAUUCCCCAGUUGGAAAAAUAGUAGUGUCUGCUAUCUAUGAGGGUGGUUCUGCAGACAAACAUGGAGGCAUCGUGAAAGGGGAUGAAAUAAUGGCUGUGAAUGGCAAGAUUUUAGUUGAUGUGACGCUGACAGAAGCCCAGACAACUUUAGCCAAAGCCUGGAAUGUGGGUGGGGAUUGGAUUGAUUUAGUCAUUGCAGUGUCUCCUCCAAAGGAAUAUGAUGAUGAAAUGACAUUUUUUUAAAGUAAAGAAGGUAAAGUUGAAGAAACUAAGUCUGUGUCCUGAAGAAAGCUGCUGAUUCAUAAAUAUCAAAUCAAUAGCCUUGCAAAAUCUACUUUUAUAUGAGAGAAAUAUGAUUUUAGAUUGUACUGAGAAUUCAACUGGACUAGAGAGAAACCUCAUAUUUAGACUCUUUGGGCAACUUAUGUAAUUUCAUGAUCUUCCCAUAGAUCCAAGGCAACAUGUGGUUAUAGGAGAAAGAUAAUUCCUGAGAAAUGUUGCCAAUGCAAAAUAGUUUAUUCUAUAAAAUCUAUUUUUCUAUAAGGUUUAGGGGCCAAAUUUUGAAAACCAGCCUCCAAAAGCGCACUUGCAAUUUGCCUAGAAAUGUGCAUCAGUAUGCACAAAUGGGAGGUUGAACAUCAUAUACUUUCUCACAAGCAGUGAGAGGGGGGUGUCUGGCAUUUGUACCCUAUAUAUUGUAUUUUUCUACUGAGGUCUGAGGGGUCAGUGUUUGUAACUCCCGUUAACAUU